AUGUCGACGCCGGCGAGGAAGCGCCUGAUGCGGGACUUCAAGCGGCUGCAGCAGGACCCGCCCGCCGGCAUCAGCGGCGCGCCGCACGACAACAACAUCAUGCUCUGGAACGCCGUCAUCUUCGGGCCGGAUGACACGCCGUGGGAUGGAGGCACGUUCAAGCUGACUCUGCAAAUUACAGAAGAUUACCCCAACAAACCUCCAACUGUUCGGUUUGUUUCGAGGAUGUUUCACCCAAACAUCUAUGCGGAUGGAAGCAUCUGUUUGGACAUCCUACAAAACCAGUGGAGCCCUAUAUAUGAUGUUGCGGCAAUAUUGACCUCCAUUCAGUCCCUGCUGUGUGACCCAAACCCAAAUUCUCCUGCUAACUCUGAAGCAGCCAGAAUGUUCAGUGAGAACAAGCGUGAGUACAACCGCAAAGUCCGCGAGGUUGUGGAGCAGAGCUGGACAGCCGACUAA